UUUGAACGUUCGGGAAAAUUAAAUGAAGCUAUAUCAGAUGCUCAACGAUUAAUAUCUAUUUCAUCAAAAGGCGGAUCUACAGAUGAACAAACAUAUAAUCUUUUACGAAAAUUACGUGAAAGUGCACAGAGCAAAAUUUCACAACAAACACAAUUAAAUAGUCAAAUACAACAAAUGUUUGAAACUAUUAUUUCUAAAUCAAAUCAACAAGAAACUGCAUUAAAUAACCUUCUUGUUAUAUCACGUGAUACUCCUGGUGCAGAAGCAAUUCUUAAUUAUGAUGCUGAUCUAAAACAUCUUAAGGAGUUUAUUCAACGAGAUGAUCGGAUAUGUGUUCUUGGUACAUUGAGAAUAUUGGCUGCAAUUGUUAAAAAUUCAUAUAAACGAGCUGAAACAAUUUAUAAUAAACUUGGUUUGAAACCAAUUGCUCGUUGUUUUGCAAUGAAUGAUGCAGAAAUACCAACAAGUGCAUCUAUAUUGGUUAGUAACAUGAUUAUGUCACUAUGUGAUCUUGAAAAUCGACGAAAAGUUCGUAAACCUGCCAAUGUUGCAUAUAAUUUUGAUCCAUAUGUACUUGAAUUUAUUAAUGAAACAUUUCGUAUGUUACUUGAUUUAAUUGAUGAUAAAACAUGUUCAGGUAUUGGACGUGAUUGUUGUCUUGAUCUGAUUGUUAAAUUUGUUGAUCGAACAAAUGGUUGUAAUUGGACAAGCAAAUUUAUUCUAUCAGGUGUACCAAAAGUAUUACGAGUAGCAGCAACAGUACCAAAUUUACCUGGUACUGAAAAACAACAAUAUCCAUUAACAGAACAAACAAAAAUGCAUAUAUCAUGUGUAUUAAGUAUUGUUUAUCAUGAUUUAAUAUCGGAUAGAGAACGUGAAAACUUUAAUAAUGAAUGUAUGGAAUUUACUAAAGCAUUACAUGAACGAGAUGAUGUUCAAUCACGUGUACGAACAAUAGCUACUUUAGCUGUUUUAUUACAAGGUCCUUUUGAUACGGGUAAUGCUAUCUUAGGUAGUCAAAAUUUAGUAGAUCUUAUGAUACAAAUGGCUGGUUCAGGUGAUCCAGUGCAAGAACGUAUUGCAGUUGAAGCAAUUGUUUUAUCGGCUUCAAAAAAAGAUAAAGCUGCUGGUAUUAUAUCAUUAGGUGCAGAAAUUCUUAAAGAUCUUUAUCAAUCAGCUAAUGAACAAAUAAAAGUUAUUGCACUUGUGGGUCUAUCAAAAAUUGCAUCAAGUAAAGGUACAGAUACAAGUGCAAAUCUUGUUACGGAAGGUUCAUGUCAAACACUCGCUCGAGCAUGUUGCAAAUUUUUAACUACAAGUGGACAAUUUGAAAUUCGUCGUUGGGCAGCUGAUGGUCUUGCUUAUUUAACUUUAGAUGCUGAUGUUAAAGAAGAACUUGUUGAUAAUAUUCCAGCAUUAAAAUCUCUUUUUAAUCUAUGUCAAUGUGAUGAUGCACAUGUUUUAUAUUCAAUAACAACAAUAUUUGUUAAUUUAACAAAUACAUAUGAUACACGAAAACCAGAAAAAGAAAUGGCUGAAUUAGCUACAUAUGCUAAACAACAUAUACCUAAAGAACAUCCUAAAGAUGAUACAGAAUUUGUUGAAGAACGUCGUCGAAAAUUAGUUGAAGCUGGAAUAAUACCUGUUUUAGUACAAUUAUGUAAACAUAAAAGUGAAAAUUGUCGAGAACAAGUAGCACGAGUUUUUCUUGGUCUUUGUGAAAAUGAAAAAUAUCGAGGACCUGUUGUUGCUGCUGGUGGAGCAAAAUCUUUACUUCCACUUACUUUGGAUGGUACACCUGUUGGUAAAACGAAAGCAGCUCAAGCAUUAGCUAAAAUAGCAAUUACAACUAAUCCAGAAAUUGCUUUUCCUGGUCAACGUAUUCUUGAACUUGUUCGACCAGUUCUUCAACUUCUUAAAGUCGAAAAUACAGGAUUAGAAAAUUUCGAAGCAUUAAUGGCUUUAACUAAUUUAGCUGGUGCUGGUGAAAGUGUUCGAAAACGUAUUUUAAAAGAAGGUGGAUUUACAAAUAUUGAACAUUAUAUGUAUGAAGAACAUAAAAUGCUUCGACGUGCAGCUACAGAGUGUAUCUGUAAUUUAGUUGCACAAGAAGAAGUGAUUAAAUAUUUUACUGAUGAAAAUGAUCGAAUUAAACUAUUAGUUUUAUUAUGUGGAGAAGAAGAUGAUUUAUUAAUAAAAGCAGCUUUAGGAACAUUAGCAACUUUAUCAUCAUUACAAAUUGAUCUUGAAGAUUAUAAAGAUGUUGAUUUACAAGAUGAUGAUCGUAAAAAAUUAAAUGAAUAUAUUGAAGAAAAUCGACUCAUAUGUGAAAAAAUAGUUAAUAUUAAAUCAUUUACGGACGUUUUUAAACAAUUAUGUGCUUCACAAGAUUCUGAAUUACAAUUUCGAGCUCUUUAUAUUAUACGUAAUAUAAUUAAAACAAAUAAAGACAUUGCAACACAUAUUGUUGCAACAGACCUAAUGGAUGUUUUAUUUGCUAUUAAAGAAAUGAAAGAUGAUCGAUUAAUGAAUGAAAAAAAUCGAAAAAUGGUUUCGGAUAUAAUUCAACAUUGUUUAGAUUAUGGACUUAUUCAACCAAACAAAGAUCAUACAAUUACUGAAGAAGAUGAAGAUGCUGCUACCGAAUAA